AUGCGUUUCCCCACAAUCUCCGCACUGCUUUGUGCAGUCGGAGUACUUGCUGCUCCCAGCACACAUGAAGCUCGCGAUCUUGCUGUCAGCCCUGAUGGCAAGUGUGGUGGUGCUUCUGGCCAGACUUGCUUGAACUCAUACCUUGGGGAUUGUUGCUCAAAAGCCGGUACAUGCGGUGAGGGUGCUUUCUUCUGUGGUUUGGGUUGCCAGAAAGAGUUCGGCGCUUGUAUUCCUACCUACAAGGGCAAGCUUGUCAGCCAAAACGGUCUAUGUGGUCACGAUGUGACUUGCAAAGGCUCAAACACUAGCAGCAAGGUUUCUAGCUCCUCUUUCUCUAGCAGCAGCAUUUCAAGCAGCUCUGUCGUAGUUGGUCCCACUGCCCCGAUCGGCACCGGAGCUUCAAGCGGUGUCCCAACAAGCCUCACCAGCGGAGCACCUUAUGGAAAUGGCACCAGCAGCACUGUUUCAGCUGGUAUCAAAUCCGACCAUCCUGUUGCUACAAACACGACUGCCUGCUCCAGAAAGCCAACCUCUACCGCCACCUGCGUUCGUUGCGAAGGUCAGCCUGGAACCGACAAGUACUGCGGUCUUACCAUCAACGAUGAUUCGUAUGCUGUUGUUCCAAAGACUUGCAACCAGGUUGAGUACAGUCUCGACUUGACUGAGUGUACCGUCGCUCCCGAUGGUGUCAGCCGUAAGGCUCUCUGUAUUAACGGACAAUUCCCUGGUCCUCUUCUUGAGGCAAGCUGGGGUGAUGAGGUCAUCGUCCAUGUCACAAACUCCAUGACUCGCAAUGGAACAUCCAUCCACUGGCACGGCAUCAGACAGAACCACACAAACGAGAUGGAUGGUGUCGUUGGUGUUACUCAAUGCGCUUUGGCUCCCGGACAGACAAUGACCUACAAGUGGAUUGCUGAGAGCUAUGGAUUUUCCUGGUACCACAGUCACUUGACUCUCCAAGCGUACGAAGGUCUCUUCGGUCCCAUGUACAUUGAUGGUCCCAAAUCUGCCGACUUUGAUGUGGAUGCUGGUCACCUCAUCAUCAACGAUUGGUCUCACAUCCCUGUCGACGACAUGUACAACGAUGCUCAAGUCGCUGGUGUUCGUACCAUGGACAGCGGUCUGAUCAACGGUAUGAACAUCAAUCCUUUGGCAAAGGGUGACAUCACCGGCGCUCGCUAUACUGUUCCCACUGAAUUCGUUCCUGGCAAGAAGUAUCUCUUCCAGCUUCUGAACAGUGCCAUCCAAUCUACCUACAAGUUCUACAUUGAUGGACACAAGUUUACCGUCAUUGCUGCCGACUUUGUUCCUAUCGAGCCUUAUGAGACCACAGUCUUAACCAUCAACAUCGGACAGCGCUAUGAGAUAAUCGUCGAGGCCGAUCAGGAAGUAGGUGACUACUUCUUGCGUUUCGACAACCAGAAUGCUUGUGCUUCCACCAUCAACUCCGACGACAUCAGAGGUAUCAUCCACUACGCAGGCGGCCCUGGCGGCACUCCCAACUCGACUGCCUACACCUACCCUCGCAAGGACAAUGGAGUCGGUGGUAUCCUCGGUACUUGUGAAGAUGAACCCCUUGACAAGCUUGUGCCCAUCGUCAAGAAGACCGUCAGCUCUCCUCACCAAACCGUCCAACACGAUGUCGCUGUUUCGAACUCGAAUGGAAUCAACCUUUACCGCUGGUACCUUGACGGAACCACGUUCCAAGCCAACUGGGGUGAUGCUACUCUUUACAACAUUGUUAACAACGAUACCAUUCCCACCUACUCAGGCGAUCUUGCGAUUGAGACCUCCUUGGGCGAGUGGGUAUAUGUUAUUAUCGAAUCUCCUAUUCCUCUUGGGCACCCAAUCCAUUUGCACGGUCAUGACUUCUAUGUCCUCGCUGCCGGCUACGGAAACUACGGCUCAGGCACAGCUUUGAACCUCGACAACCCUCCCCGCCGUGAUGUGGCCUUUAUGCCUGGAGAUGGACCCACCGGACAAGGCGGCCACCUUGUUAUUGCCUUCUUUACAGACAAUCCUGGUUCAUGGCUCAUGCAUUGUCAUAUCGGGUGGCAUGUGGCCAUGGGUUUCGCCCUUCAAUUCAUUGAGGGCAAGGAACAGAUCAAGGACACGAUUCAAGACACCUGUCUUCUGAACGACGUCUGCGAUACCUGGCGUCCUUGGGCCAAGGAGAAGGGUAUCUACGUUGAUGACUCUGGUGUCUGAUCGAGUUAAACAUUUUUCCUUUCCCUCCUUUUCUCCUUCUUCACGACUCUCAUACCUUUUUUGCCACUCUUCUUCCUCUUGUUAAUGUUUGAAUCUGCACACAAAACAUAAUUCGGAUGGGAUUAUCAACAUCAAUGCUUGGAUAGCAUUUUAAGGGGCUGCAUUGUUAGACCACCUUCUAGACGAUUGGGUUAGAAACAGCCUGCCUGUUGUUUGUCUGAUGUAUACACACGGACUGAUUUUCUGCUUUUGAUCUUGUAUAUAUGAAAAAUCAUGAAUCGUUUCACUCUGACCAACCAAUAUUCCUUCUCGGUGACGUGCUCAGAUCUUCAAAACUCGAUGCAACACAGCAAAAGCGAUACAUUCUACCACGACAAGAAGGAAAGCUGUUUGCAAGUGCAAAACCCCCAACCUGACCGCCAGCCUCUUCCAACAUCUAGAUAAGACACUGCCAUAGCUGUUAUCUCCUUCACCUUGUACCGCC